UGAGUGAUGGUUUAGAAUUAGAAGGAAAUCUUUGGACUGCUCACUGCAAGUCUUUUCAUAAUUUUCUUGUAAAUAUUAUAAUAGAUGUUUAGAUUUAAGUACUUAAAUGUGAUUCGUGAAAAAUUAUAUUCGUUACAAUGUCAAAUAGUUCAAUUGAUGAGAAAUUGAAAGGUUUGCAAGAACGAUUUCAAAAUGAAAUGCGUACGCGGGGAGAUGGUGGUUUACAGAACCAAGGUGGUCUCGGAACACCUAAGUCUGGAGGCCGGAAGUUUAGACCCCUGUUCAAUAGAGAUAUACCAUUACCACCGAGAUCACCUCAGGCAACAGAAACUGAAUUCCGUAUGCGGGAAGUGUACAAGGUGAGUGGAAAGUUAAACGUGGGAGGUGUGGAGUACCGUUCCAGUAUAGAUGAAUUACAACACAUGGGUGAGCUCGGCAGUGGUACAUGUGGGCAUGUUGUCAAGAUGUUACACAAAACUUCCGGAGCUGUCAUAGCUGUUAAGCAAAUGCGACGUUCUGGUAACUCUGAGGAAACCAAACGAAUUUUAAUGGACUUGGAUGUGGUUGUUCGGUCACACGACUGUCCAUACAUUGUGCGCUGCCUGGGCUGCUUUGUGACGGACGCGGAUGUAUGGAUAUGUAUGGAACUGAUGGCGUCAUGCUUCGAUAAGUUACUCAAACGUCUUGGUGCUCCGAUACCUGAGGCAAUACUAGGCAAAGUCACUGUUGCAACGGUGAAAGCGCUGUCAUAUCUUAAAGAGAGUCACGGCGUGAUCCAUCGUGACGUGAAGCCGAGCAACAUUUUGUUGGACGAGCGCGGCAACGUGAAGCUGUGCGACUUUGGCAUCAGCGGCCGUCUUGUAGACAGUAAAGCAAAGACAAGGAGUGCAGGAUGUGCUGCGUACAUGGCUCCUGAACGGAUAGACCCUCCUGACCCCAGUAGACCGGACUAUGACAUUCGAGCAGAUGUGUGGUCUCUUGGUAUAUCCCUAGUCGAGCUCGCCACCGGUGUGUUCCCCUACAGAAACUGUCAAAAUGACUUUGAAGUCCUUACGAGGGUAAUAGCAGAUGAUCCCCCCCAGCUGCCAGAUACCAGCGAUUUUACACCUGAAUUCAAGUCUUUCGUAUCUCAAUGCCUGACAAAAAAUUACCGUCAGCGUCCAAAGUACCCGAAGCUCCUGGAACAUCCGUUCGUAGUGAAAUCAUGUCGCAGUAACGUGUCUGUGGAGGAGUGGUAUGCCACGCUGCCUAAGAGUGGCGCUCCGCCUUCGCCCGCAUCGCCCAACGGACACUCCAGCCCGCCCACCCCACAACCCAUCAGGAACUUCGUCACCAGCGCGCACCACUGGUCUCCUGACCAGGUCACACCAACGCCUGGACGAGCGAGAUGGGCGUCGCCAUCGCACGCGGGUGGCAGCAGCUCGCAGCCUGCCAGCUUGGAGACGGAUUUCUCCAAUCAUUCGCCUUACCCCAGGCGCAGAACGAUAGAGGCGUGCGCGUCACCGCCGCCGCCCCCCGUGCGCAGAGUUUCCGCAGAGAACCGCUGGAGGGCGUCACCUGCUAGUUCAGGCAACACGAGUCCUAUAGUGCUGCAGAGGUUCUACCAUCAGAGUCAGCAGAGGAGAUCCAGGGUCGACCUGCAUUCUACACCUAGGCAUAGAAGUUUAAGCAGAGAACACAGCACCGGGAGAUCUCCUGAGCCACCACCGAGAACUAACAGACAUCAUAUGUUAGGACAUGAUGCGAACGGCAGCUCGGAACUGGAGCCCCCUCCACUGCACGAGCGGUUACAUCCUCCCUCCCCCCUACUGCUUAGUGACAGAUUGUCAGAAGGACGCAGUCAAAGUCUGACGCGUGCGGAGUUACGCAACGGAUAUCGGUCUGACGUCGCGACACCGAACAAACAUCAUGACGAUCAAGAUGGGGUACGAGCGAGAGUUGGAGCGUUCCCGCGUCUCCCUUGCCGCCGCGAUCAGCGCCCUCGCGUCCCGCAGACUAGCGCCCCCUCCCAGAGCCCGCUGGCGCAGGGCUGCGUGCUGCGCCCGGGGAGUCGCCCGGUCUGGUGCACCAGCCAGGCGGUCACGCCGCGCCCCGCCUGGGCCGAGCCGCGCCCGCUGUCGCGCCGUGAUCCACAAACCGUACACUCUUAGACCAUGCAUAUGACGGGACACGGUUAGCCACAGCCGCAUUGAAUUUGAGGUUGCUAGCUUUUAGUACACAGCUGACCUCGUCUCGACUAGUCGUUGUGUGUACGUGACCUUAAUUACGUCACAAUUUCGCUUCUUUUGUAUUGACAAUGUUUUCACUUGGCUUCAACAGCUUUAAAUAUACACUUUACUUGGUCAAUAACAUCAAAUUUAACAUUAUGGCAAAGCUUCUCGCGUUAUCUGUAACGUUUAAAUUGCGCGCGAAAUGCAUUGACAGAUUAAAAAUGGCGGAUUCACUAGUAAAAAAUGUAUUUUGGAAAUAUCUUUGAUAGCGGAUUUAUACUUGUAAAAUAUUGUUCACGUAAUAAAGCUGAGUGAAAACAUAAUUUAUUAACUAAGACCAAUAUAUAUCAUGGCUGUAAUUUUGGUAUCGCGUUCGAUAUUUUUACAUUUGGAAGAGGAUCGUGUUGGUGUUAGUUAUGAGGUCGGCUUGCUAGUGUUGUGAAUACGACUGAUGUACUGUUCGGGCUUAAAUAAUUUUUUAAAGAUAUAAGAUUUCGAUAAACCAAUGACUUUUCUUUUAACUGUGGUUAUCGAUUUUUUCUUUAUCUGUACCUUUAUCACUUUUCUGUCUGUGACGUAAAAAAAAACAAUUGUCUAUGGUCGUCGAAAUCUUUUAUAUCUGUCGAUUGUUGUAAAAUGUAUUAUAGUAUUUUUGAAAUGCGAGAAAAUUCUUUAAAAUUGUGUGAGAGUUUAUUGUAACUCUGGAUUAGAAUGUUUUCAUGAAACAGCACUGUCUGGUAAAAAGGAAUGUGUAGGUUUGGUGUUUGAUUAUUUAAACAUACCUAAGUGCAAUUCACAAAUAGCGAUAUAUUAAGCUAAAAACACCAAAAAGUUCAAGACAAUUACGUUUUAAUGUAAAUAUAUUGAUAAGUUUCGCUUAUAUUUGAUAAUAAAGAGAGAUUUGCGCUAGAGUUAGUUUAGCUGAGGUAUUACGGCGUGCGACUUUGGAUCUUAUGUACAAUAGCAAUAGUGUAUAAUUUUGUUAAGCAUCGUCGCUUGUUAAUUCAAUCACCUUAUGCGAAAAGACUCGUAAUUUCGUGUUUUUUUCAGCUAAUUUCAAUACUAAAAGGACAAUAAAUAGAUUUGAAUUCGGAUACUGUUCGCGUAAAGUUUGAAAGAUAUAAAUUCGUGCGAAAAUUCCUAUUUAUGAUUUAUAUAGUGAAAAAAAUAUAUAUUUCGAUGUAAAUAUCAUGUAUAUUAUAUAUUUAAGGUACGUUUCAAAUGCAAUAAAUAAAAUCGAUUCAUUUUUCUAUACAAUUGUGACGAAUGCGGUUUGUCUAUGGUCAGAUAAGAGUUUUUUCCAAACAUUGUAAAAGCGGUACAUUUUAUUUUUCGACCAAAUGUAUAGAAUAGUUGUUUUUUUUUCUAAGAUAGAUUUUCUAUCUUCAUCGCAAGUGCAAUCAAAAACGCGUUUUGUCAUUUUUUGCGUUUUUAACGAAAUAAAUGUUAAAUAUUCGUAAAACGCAAAAAAAAAUUUCAAGGGUGCUGUUUUGUAAAUAUUUUUUUUUUCGUAAGAUAAAACUCAAUGUCACAUAAAAGGUUUUAUCUAUUAAGUUUUAACAUUUUGUAAUAUUUUGUAUAGAUUAUUUUAUGAAAAUC